CCACGUUUUAAAUGUUUUAAUAAAAAGGUUUCUUUUUUGUUCACAGCCUGUGUUACAAUGACUAACUGUAAUUCGAAUGUUUUAACAGAAGGCUGUGAUACAGUCAUCCAAAAGUUUUGUUACGCCAUUUUCUAAGUUUGUAGUGAAAUGUAUUUAAUUAAAGUUUUUUGUGAAUUGAUUAUGGAGGCGUAUUAAUUGUUAGGAUGUGAAGAGCUUUUGUAUUAAUUAAAGUUUCCUGGUUGAUUGAAGGGUGAUGCCGUGAGGAGGCAGGCAAAGCCAGGCCGCCAGCAUGCCGCUGCCGAAGCGCGUGGUGGAGCCGGUGCACGUCUCCCGGGGCACCAUCCCGGACGACUUCCCCCUGCCCUCGGAGCUGGAGGCGGUGACCAACGGCACGCUGGCCAACACGGUGCGGCAGCUGUCCAGCCUGAGCCGGCACGCGGAGGACCUGUUCGGGGAGCUGGCGCGCGAGGCGCACGGCCUGGUGGCCCGGGCCAGCGGCCUGCAGGCGCGCAUCGACCGCCUGGCCGUCAAGGUCACCCAGCUCGACAGCAACGUGGAGGAGGUGUCCCUGCAAGACAUCCACAUGCGGAAAGCGUUCAAGAGCGCGGUGGUGUUCGACCAGCAAGUGGUGUCCCGGGACACCAUGCCGACCGCCAUGCUGGAGAUGUACCAGACGUGCGACAAGCCCCCGCCUCUCGACAAGCUCAACUGCUACCGCGAGGACGGGAAGGACGGCCUGAAGUUCUACACAGACGCCAAUUACUUCUUUGAGCUGUGGAGGCAAGAGAUGAUCAAGGACACGGAGCGGAUGAUGAUCGACAGGGGGAAGAAGCCUCACCGGACCCGAGCGGAAGGGGGCGGAGGCCGGCACAAGAAGCGGGUGCGACAGCCCCAGAACACGAGGGAGCACCAGCGACAGCUGGCAGUGCGGCAUGGGGAGUACAUCAUGCCACAGAACAUCCACUACCGGACUCCUCAGAACAUGAUCGUGGUGGACGACGGCCUGGUGCCGGUGGGCAUGGUGCAGACGGACCAGCGGCCCCCGAGGCCCAGCAGCAUCGAGCUGCGACGCAGCUACCCGGAGGAGGGCCAGUGCCCCUGCGCCCUGCCGGCCGCCGUCUACAGCCCCCGGCACGCUGCUCCCCUCAGCCCCACUGACCCCUCGCACUACAGGGCGACGGGCUACGACGACAGCUUGUACCAGGCCCAGCAGCUGCAGCUGCAGCAGCAGCAGAUCUAUGCGGCGGCCCAGGGCAUGACGCUGGUGGACGGCUACCCCACGCCCAACAACCUGACCCCCAGUCGCAGCAGUGCUGCCCGCAUCGCCUCCCAGCGGCCGACUCAGCCCCCUCCCGCUCCGCCCAGCAACAACUCCAGCAACAGCACCCCGACAAUGUCGUCGACAAACGGCACACCCACUCGAAGCAGGUCGAUGAGCACCGGGCGGGAGACGCUGCCUCCGCCCCCACCGCCCCCCGUGGAGACCAUGAACGGCCCUCUGCCCCCUCACCUGAGGCAGAGCCGCGAGGCCAGCCCUGCGCAUUCCACCCCCACUCCGCCCUCCACCCAGACACCAGAGCCACCUCCCGUGGACCUGCCCCCGCCCCCGCCGACACCGGAGAGCCGCCCCCGGCCGCCCCGUCACCACCCCCCUCCGCCCAGCUCCCCUCCUGCCAACAUCCCGCCGCCCCCUCCGCCCCCGCCCCCUCCCCCCACCGCCAUCCCCAACGGCCCGGUCACCACCAAGCCGGAUCCCCCGGCGUGCACCUAUCUCGUCAACGGAGACAUCGGCAAGUCUCCGAUCAAACAGAUCAUAUCCACCUCACCACCCAAACCUGCCGUCGAGAACACAACGCCCCGGCCGAAGGCAGCAGUUGCACCCGGACUGGCAUUCAACCCGAGAAGUGAUUUGCUGCAGGCUAUUCGAGAAGGCAUCACGCUGCGACACGUGAAGAAGAUAGAGCAGAAGGAAGUGGACCGCGCCUGCGUGCCGCACGACGUGGCCUCCAUCCUGGCCCGCCGGCUGGCCGUCGAGUUCUCCGACUCCGACUCCGCGUCGGAGAGCGAGUACGACAGCGAGGGGUGGGGGGAGCAGGAGACGAGUGCGUGACAUGAGUCGCGGCCGACCAGGGAGUAAGCGAGGGGGCCCAGCGGCGCAUCACGUACGUCUAGUUGUUUCCCUUGGCCUACCGCCGUCUCGUUUGCCCAGUUGCAGUCCCUGUGGUGCGGGUUCGUCUAGCUGUUUACUUCCCAGUCAACUCUAGCAGGAUGUCUCCAAGGUUUUAAUAGGCACAAAUAGCAGAACAUCAUACAGGAUUUUUUUUCACAUGGGCUGUACUUCCUGCAAUUUUUGCACCCAGAGGUGUAGUGGUUGUAGAAAUGAAAUAAUUGUGACCGUAGAGUGUAGAAAGGGAACUAUUCUUAACUCCUGAACACAGGAAUGCAUUUGUUUAAUUUAUAACCUUUCAUAGAUGAUAAAUACAGCGAAAUCUUAUUACAAUGUACCUGGAAAAAACCGAACUUUUUGGUACUUAAUAAUGAAAGUAUUUUAUACUGAACUGUUGCUAGAUGUACAACAUCUUGCCAUGACCCGGAAAUACAUACUUUAAAGUGAGAAAUCCUUUAUAGUGAGGUACUUUAUAAUGAUGGGUCACUGUAUUAGGUGCAUAAAGUUUGAUUUCUGAAUUAUUUAUUUAUGUAAAAUGAGAGUUAUAUUAGAUGAAAAAAUAGUUUUCUAAUUUUUUUCUAUUUUAUUGAAAUUGUUUGUUAGUAAAAGUCUUCUUUUAAAUAUUAUACAUAUUUCCCUGCAAACAACAUAUUUUGUUGUGCAUAACCUGAGUUAAAAAAAUUACCAGAUUCCAAUUCCAGUCCAUGUGCUCCUUUUACAUGGUGCAGAAGAUGUAGUUCACACGCUAGUAGAAAGAUGAAGUUCCAGUAACUCGAGUAUUACUUCUGGUAACAGGAACGCCAAGUUUAUGUUUUAUUGCAGUAGUUGUAAAAAGUACAGUCUAUGCGAACAAAGCAGUGGAAAGCCACUAUUUACAAUGUUGCUCAUAAUUGGCAAUGAUUUGCAACAUAGAUCUCAGUUUAUUAGCGAUUACAGAAAUGUGUGGAAGGUCAAAGUUUUAUAAAAAAAAAUUAUUUCUACUAUCCUGUAGACAUCCUGUGCCUGAAAUGCUUGAAUUGAGAUUUUUUCUGUUUCAGGUCAUUAUUUCAUAUUUAUGUUAAACACUGUUAAAUAUGUAAACUUUUUGAGAGGUUUAAUGAUCCCAAAAUGAAAAAAAAAUGUUAUGAACUUUUUGCAUAGUUAUCUAAAAAAUAGUUACAUUUAUAGAGUUUUAAUGCAGUCCACCAUUUGGAGUUCCAUGUAUUUCAAGACUGCAAAUUUUUAGGUUAAAAGAUAAUGCUAGUGGCUACUUCGUAAUAUAGUUUCAUUUUAUUUUAUUUGUUUCAGAAAAAUGUAUUUAUUCUACUUAGAUUUUUAAAUUCUCAUAAAUGUAAGGAUUUAGACAACCAAGCAAAUUAGAAAAUUUUUUCUGUAAGUCAAUGAAAAUUAUGUUGUGAAGUAGAAUAGCCAGUAGCGACUUUCUUUAAAACUAAAAAGUUUUAGUUUUGUGAUCCAUUUGAUUUUUGUAUAGAUACUGUGGUAUAACCUAGAAAAUGUAACUGACUGCUAAUAAUGCAAAAAGUUUUGUGUGUGUUUGUCUGUCUAUAGUGAGAGUUAAGACAUUCAAAAAGUCUACAUGUUUGUAGUUUUCAACAGUUCAACAAAAAUAUAAAAUAACAAUCUAGGAUGGGACAAACCUCCUUAAAAUGACUAAAAUGUGAAAAUUCCUUUUACUUAUAAUUGUAGCAAUUCAACAGAAGGCAUUCUGCCUACUACUUGAAGUACUGAUAAUGUUUUUAAGAGUUUAACAUAGAAUGUAUUUCAUAGCUGAACGUGCAAUUAGGAUUUGAGUUAUUAUAAAGUUUUGAUUGUAACACUGUCAGGUUUGAAGAAUUUAUAGGUGGCCUAAAAGCACUUCAGAAAAGUGUGUAGGUUUUGAGGAAUUCUUUCAAAUGUUCCUCAUUUCAUUGCUCAAAAACAUUCUCUUUUUCUAGCAUAUAUUCAGUAAAAAAAAAUUGUGUUCUCGCACAAAAAUAAUAUACAAUACAAAUGUAACAGGUAUGUUAGUGGUUUAUGUAAGAUGUCAUAACUAGAGACAUGUAAUUUGUGAAGUUAUUUUAUUGUAGAAUUAUAUUAUAUUUUUCCUUAAAAUUUUUAUUUCUCUCAAAAACAAUAACCGGCAGUGGAACAGUGGACAUUUCUGACUUUCCUUUUUUUUCUUCUUUUUUUUUUCUGGCAUACAAAUGCUUAAGUUUUCAAAUGUUUAAGUUUUGUUUUUAAAUUUGCUGACAGUGUAUUUCACUCCAUCUGCUUCGUCCGAACAUUGUCGGUUAGGUUUAAUUUGUGAGCCGAGAACUGAAUGUUGUGUGACUGGUCUCUAGAGAAGUUACAGUCUUCUUCAUGUAAUGAGCUUAAUCGUCACGGUUUGCUAUACCGUACUCUAUAAAAGUGUCCUGUUAGCGAUCGAUAAACUUCAGUGUUGUUUCCUAUGUUUGUCAGUUGUAGCACUGUGAAUUAUUAUGGCGAAACAUUGACACACACAUACCAUUUAAUGAGAAUGGUGUCAUUUAUCACGUGAAAAUUGAAAAAAGUAAUUUCUUGGUAAAUGGUUGAAUUGGUGUUGAUCAUCACAAAAGUAAUAAAAUGAGCAUAAAGAUUUGUUUUAUUGCAUUUGCAAAAUAUGCACGUCUCUAGUCAUAACACUCGUAACCUUAGACAAACUUUGAUUGGCUAUCUUGUGUUUGCUUUAAAAUUGGAAUGCCAUUGUUGGGGUUUAAGGCAUAAAAAGACACAAACAGUACAAUGUUCUAUGUUUUUACUUUUAAAGAAAAAAUUUUCUGCAUGUUUGUAAGCUUGUUUUGUUAAUACAAAACAUUCUAUUGAAAGAUUUUUUUUUUUUUGUUCUUACCAUAGCUUUCGCAUAUAAGACAACAGAGAAUAUAAGACGAAGUUAACUUUUCAGUAAUAAAAAUUGGAAAAUAUGUUUGCACCUUCAUAUGACAAGAAGGCACUUAGUGUCAAGGCAUUUUAAAAAUUACUCUUUUACUACCCUCGUAUGUCUGCUGCAUUUAGAUGUACUGUCGCACAAUAUCAUGUCAUACAAGAAGCAGCUUUUAAUUUUUCAGCCUUGCAUCAAAAUCUUGUCUUAUAUGCUGGAAAAUUUGUUACAUUUUUCUAAUUUUAACAUUUGUAAAAUGCCUUUUAUAACGUAAAAAGAAAAUGAGUUGGCAUACUGUGGCAUUUUUACCUGGGCAGUUGUCAGUAUUUAAUAGUUGUGUACUGUGAAUUUCAUUCAUGAUGGAGGGGUUAAAUAGUCACAAAUACAUAUUUCUUAAUUUCAUUUUACUUAAUGUGUAGAAAAGCAUUUCAUUUUUAUUUGUAACUUCUGAAAUGUUACUGCCGCUUUAUUUAAUGCUGCUAUUCUGGCUUGUGCUAGUCGAAGCCUGUAUCUCAAAUAUCUCCCUUGAUUUGUUUUAAGAAGUUAUCCUUUAAUUUCAUUGAAGUUCAGUUUCAACAUAGUCUGGGCAUAUGGCUGGAAUGAGUCUUAGGGUUAUGAAUAAUGUAAAUGCUUUUUAAUUUGCAUUUUGUUUCAAUAGCAUGAUACUUGAGUAUUCAAGUGUUUGCAUGUGUUUACAAUAAAGGUGCUUCUGGUUUGAGGAAUGUCAGUUUACUGGUUCUAACAAAAGUCUUUUACAUUCCUCAUUUAACAGACAUAGCCUGAAAAUAAUAAUAAAGACAAUAUUGGUGCAUAGUUUGUGUUAAUUGUGAAAAUUUUGAAAAUGGAUUCAGUUACCCAUUAUAGUAAGUGAUAAAAUAAUAAGCUUAUAGUAUUUUGUAUUUCAGAGCUGUCUUUGUAUAUUUAAACUUAAACUAAUGUAUCAUGUGUUUAUAAGUUUGGCGUAGGACGAUGUAUGUAAUUAUGAAAACUAAAGUUAUUUAUUUAUUUUGUAUGUAAUUAUUGAACGUGCUACCAAGUGUAGAAGGUAGAUCCAUAUUUGAUGCGAACUGGAGAAUUGAAGGUUGCAGUGUACAUCACGCACAAUGCAAAUGCUGAGCGCGCUUCACGGGGCUUGCGCUCUUACUGCGUAGCUGUUGUCGUAAUAGUUAACUAGCAAACAAUUACAAUUGUAGAAAAUAUAAUUAAUUAUUCCUUCCGUACAAGUAUGAUAACUAAUAAAGAGUUAUACUGCAUGGGUUUACUAAUGUGAACAUACAAGUCCAUUCUACUCGUCUAGGAUAAUUUUAUAUUCAUGACGUAACCUUAUCAAUAAUUGUGGCUCCUACUGAAAAUAUAUGUUCUCUUGCCGAAUGGAAACGGUUGUGUGAAACAGUGAUUUGUGACUUCUACAAAUCUAGCAGUGUAGCUUUACAAAUGAAGGUACGAAAGGCAGCAGUACGAGUGUGUGUGAAGAUGUGUUUAAACAUUUAUCACUCCGUAUCUAAGACAAAAUCGAAAAGAGUUGUUGACUGUGCUGUGUUUAUACUUGGAAACUAUUUAAGUGAAAACAAGAAAUAUUCUAAGUGGAAUCUUUGGCUGUGUUCUUAGUUAUUGAUGAAAUUUUGUAUUUGAGAAAAUGUUGGUGAAAAUAGUAAGUGCCGAGGUUUUUUUUAUGUUGGAAAUUUAAGCCAUGGAUUGAAUAAAAAUGCAGUGCUUGAUGUGUGUGUGGUGGACGUCUGUUGGCAGCAAACACAAUUUUUUUUUAAAUUAAAAACGUAGGGAACCUAAAACUUGUAAGAUUGUAUAUGCCUGAAAAACACGUACAUACAUAAUAAUAAUUAUAAUAAUUUUGAGAAAUGUAAUUAUUUCUUGCAGUUGCUUGUUCCAACGCAGUGUGUUGUGAUUUCUUUCUUUAAUUCCGCUGCAACUUCAGCAGUGAGAGAUUUUGUGUAAUUUACUUUUCAGUAAAUUUCAUCCCUUGCUGUAUUUUAUCUGUUAGCCCUUGUAGUUUAUAAAGUUUAGGGUGCUGUACCAUAGUUACCCACACACAUCUUUUACAUAUUUUUAAUAACUUUGAAUUACUAUUUCAAUAGUUUUUAGAGGUUGAAAAUAAAUAUGUAGCAUAAUUUCAGGAUACCUAGGGAGCAUUUUUUGUAAUAUUGAACAUUAAAUUUUACAAAUAAACUUGUCACCUUUCUUGAAAAUAUUUUAUAAAAUAGUCACACUUAUGUUGGUUAAGUGCAGCAUGGUAAUGUAAAUGCAUAUAUGUAGUUGAUACUUGAAAUGAAAUGUCUUGUUUUUUAGGUGUAUUCAAAUUUGUAAGUGGAUAUUUUAACUUCCAGUCUGUAUCACGUGUAAAGUUCACAGCUGUUGGGUAAUUACUGGUGUGCUGAAAUUGGAACUGUGAUGCUUGCCUGUGUUACAAUGUGACACGUUGACACGUUUGCUUUAUUGGUGUUUUGGCAGUUCAGAUGGUAGAGGGUGCAUUCUUCAAAGGAAGGCAAUUUUUUAAUUUCACGUUAGAAUCUGAAUGUGCAACAAGAUUGUAUGGAGCUGGACCAAAAUCCUCGUUUGACGGGUGAAAAAGGGAUCUACGUAUGUUAGUGUGUGUUUGUGAACUGAUAUCGAAUGAAUGUUCUUGCCUGUAGUUAAUUAAGUGUUUGCUGAAAAAGUUAAAAAAGUAAACAAAGAAAUAAAAAGUAUUGCUGGUUUUUGUGUUGAGUUGGAGUGCUCAUGUGGGGAAAGUUCACACAAUCCAGACGGAGCGCAGCUUGCCAGCUCAAGUGAGGGAACAAGGCUCGGAGCUACACGCGGAGAUGUGUGUUUCAAUGUACAACUGCUGACGAGUCCAGUACAAAAUAAAUGUAAUUUUUUUAAAUUUAUAUAUUUAAUUAAAUAAAUUUUGAGUUGUAGUUCUGAGGCUUUGAAAAUGAACCAAAUAUUGACUUUGAAAGUACAGUAGUGGUUUUAAUAGCAAUCAGAACUGUAGAUCGGAUGCUCUAUCAAAGGAUUUAAAAUGAAAGGUGAAGGAAAGACAGCUCAUGAUGGUGCUGGGAGGAUUGAUUGGCCUCUGUGGUGUGGAGGCAACGUUUCAUUUGAGAAGAUGCCAUUUUUUUUGCCAUUGAAAAAAUUAUAACUAUUCAUUUACUCCUGUUUUAUAUCAUUUUGUCCUCAACCCAAGGUAUUAAUUGAAAGCAGUUAACUCCAAAUUUUGAUGUAAACUUCAGAACUGGUUUACUAGAUUGUUUCUUAACAUUUUUGUAUUGAUGGGUGUCAUGUAUUUGGAAAUAUGUAUAUUUAAAUUUAAUAAACUGUCAAUGUAGGUAGUUGACUAAAUACACAGAGCUGCCGGGCGGAUUUUGAAUGCGCAGACUGUAUCAGGCGACCUGGCUUGUCACCUGUGUGGUGCUUGUGUAGACUAGUUGAAUUUGUGAUGUGGUAGGUUGUAAAGACACAAUCCAAUUUAAGAUCUCAAAGGGGUACGAAAAAGCAUGAUCUUGGUCUUCAGUACAGUAAAUAAUAGUGUUUGUAAAAGCAUCACCUGCAGAGAAAAAGUUUUUCCACGUAUGUGGAUUGGAAGAUUUUAAAGUGAUGAUUUGGGUGACGUGUUGGUUCUCCGUGGAUAGUGCUUGUGGCUAGUUGGUUCUUGGAAAUAAGGUAAAUAAUAUCUUGGUGAAAGGUUGGUUAUGUGAGGUGAGCUAUUUUAAUAAUAUGUAAUACUUAUAGUAGUUAAUCUAGCUGACCUCACCUAAAAAAAAAAAACCUUUCAUUUAGUUAUUAUUUGCCUUAUUUCCAAGAAGCAGCUAAUCUGCAGAAUAAUAAUAAGGGAGGGUGGACUUUAGCAUUACGUGUUUCCUCGCUCUCUCUCUCUCUCUCUCUCUCUCUCUCUACAAGCUGAACAUUGAAUGGCUUGUUUGCAAGUAGAACAUAUGUUUCACGAAUAUGUUUUGAUAUUUAAAAAUUUAUGGCUCUUGUUUUUCAGUGUUUCAGUGCAGAAAGGGUUUGGAGGAUUGUAAUUUUUAAAUUUAAAUAAAAUAUUUACAGCGUGGAAUUGGGGUUUUUGCAGUUUUCUCAAUUUUAAGACAUGCUUUUGUGGAAUUUUGUGUUCUAUUAAAAUAGGGUGUUGCUUGCAAUUUACUACAUGCCAUGUUUACAGACAAGUUCAUAAUUGGGCCAAGGUUAAAUAAUUAGCUGGUUAUUUAGUGAGGAGGUAAUUCAAGAGUUGGCUGAAAUAGUCGUACCUAUCCAGCUAUCACACAGAGAUAAAAGUACAUACUAACAGUCCUAGGGCACCAUAAUGUGAGUAAGGCUGCUAUUCAUCACAGAAAAACACCAGGUGCUUAAUGCGUCAAUUUUUAAGUUGGCGCUUCUAGAUGGGUAAAAAUAAAUAGUCAACCUUUAGCUGUGCUGAAAAUUUCCCAGGCAGUGCAAUGGAGUUAAUGAUUGGUUUAAUAAGAGAACUGAUACAUUAAAAAUGAGCAUUUACCAUUGAAAAAAUGUUGCUUAAGCUGAAAUAUAUAUAAACUAAGGAUGAUGCAAGUAGCGGAUCGUAUAAUAGAUGGCUUCUUAGAGCCAAGUGUAUACAGUUUGUUGCCAUUACUCUAUGUUUCCAUUGACUGAAAACGUUUGCCCCUUAUCUACUUCCAGUUUUUAGCCAGAGGUGGGAGAUAUAUUGACCAAUGCUUAUCUAUUAUGUUGUGUUAUAUUAACAUUAGCAUUGAACUAGGAAUUAUAAUCCAAAUUUUGAACAAGUCAUCAGAAAUAAUUUUUUUCACUUUCUUGCUGAACUUGCGGUGCUGUGCACUAAGACGUUCCUCAAUUUCGUUUUUGAGUUGGUAAGCUGUGGAACCUGGUAUGUUAUAGAUGAAGUUAACUGAACUAUCGCAGUUCAUCUCAGCAGUCUGUUGCAUCUUCCAUUGUAUGUAUGAAGUGAAACGUUUAUCGCUAUUCUCGUAUUUUCUUGGAGCUACAUGUAUGUAUAACCGAAUGAAGAGAAUGUAAUAAUUUUAGGUGUCAGUCCUUUAGGAAAUUAAUGCAUCUGUACAAUGUUGUUAUGUAGAAAUGUGUUUCAUUUUCUUACUUGUGUUAAUUUACUGAACAGGUUCUGUGAAUAUAUAUAUAUAUAAAUUUUUAAUGUAUAAAAGAAGACAGCGAAGUAUUGCUUUGUGUAUUGUGCUUUUGCCAACGGGCUUUGUUAUAUUGAAAAUGUGUAAAAUAAAAGUAAAUAAUAGAACUAA